AUGGAUAGCACUCACCAGACGUCGGAACCGAUAACAGCGUAUCAUCUGCAUCCGGCAGUGCCGCCCCCGCAGGAUUUCGAUCUCGACCAUUUAGAGGACGUAGUCAAGCAGGAAAUGGUACCUGACCCGGAGGAUUUUCGUGCGAUGCAAGCACGAAGCGCAGGUGCUCAUCAGAUUCUAGUCUUGAACGAACAGCCCGGAACACCCCCAGAAACGCCUCCUGAUCAGCCCGAAGGUCUUCAUUGGCUUCAGCAGUCGAGCGCCGCUCUCAGCUGCCACGCUCCUCAUCACGCCCCUCCACGACGAGAGCCUCUGGACCUUCGGCCCGAGAAUGUCGACGCUUGGGUGCACCUUCCGAGGCGGGAUUACGACGGAGGGGGUGGCGGCGGGGGCGGGGGCGGCGGCGGAGGGGGUCAGGCUGGCCUAGGAAUCGGCCUUCCGGGGGGUGGGGGCCCUCGCAUGCAGCAUCCCCAGCAUUCUCUCUCUCAUCACAUGAUGCCACCUCUUGGGGCCGCCGGAACCAACGGAGCUGCUACAACUCAGAACGGAUCAUCUGGCGGUCGCGAUAUCUUGGACGACGACUUGUUGGUCUCACUGUCUGUGCGUGAACUCAACAAACGCCUCCACGGUUUCCCCCGUGAGGAAGUAGUUCGCCUCAAGCAGAAGCGUCGGACUCUGAAGAAUCGUGGCUACGCCCAGAACUGCCGAACGAAACGCCUGGCAAAACGACACGAGCUCGAGAGCCGAAAUCGGCUCCUACAAGCUGAAGUGAACCGACUACGCCAGGAGCUAGAACGGACUUGUCAGGAGAGAGACUUCUACCGGCAGCAGGUCGCCCUGACGAGUAAUCAACCACCGCCUCACAGCAACGCAGCCACCGGGGGGAACAACAAUCCCGCCGGAGGCAACAACAACAACAACAGCAGUACAGCGCCUCAACCAGCACCCAACCAAAAUCAUUCCACGCUGCUUCCUGUCAACUCGCAAAUUAUUCAGCAGAACUCAAGGAUGGCAUCGCAUCCCAUGUCCCAAAGCAAUCCUCACCAGGGUUUAGCACAUCAUCAUCAGACGAUGGUUCCCUCUGGACCUCAGGGCGGAUCGUUAUCGAGCGGAGCUUCGUCUUCUUCUCCGUCUUCUCCAGAGUAUUACAUGUGAUCCAGGCCCUUCUGCAGGAUCGCCUGCAGAUGAGUACUUACGGAAUUCUUCACUCGAUUCCGAAGAUGUCUCCGUCUGGAAGAGAGUGGACGCCCCAAGAACUCGACUCACAGCCGG